GUUUGUGCUUAUCCUCGUAUAUGUAGAUGACUUGCUAGUCACAAAAAAGAAUACUUGUUUAACGGGUAGGGGUAUUUUUGGAAUUCUGCAACCAGGGUACGUGUAGUCGUCUGCUCUAGGUUUUGACAUGUGCUUACAACACUGCAUUUUAGCUAACGCAAUUCUCAUCUUCACUGGAGGUUCCUCUGUGCUCUGUGUGAAAAUUCCCCAAAUUCCUCCUGCUUUCGUUCAUCUCCGUCCCUCUCCUCUAGCACUGUUAGAUUAUGUUGCAUUGUCCGUGGAGCUAUCCGGUUUCAAGAAUUAUUGCAAAAAGAGUUCAUCUCCGUCAAUUUCUUGUCUUAAUCGGCAAAAAAUUCUGCUUACCAGGUCAUAUAGUCUGAUGUUCGAUAAUUUAGCGGGUGGAAGAUUUCAAUAUGACGAAGAAUUGCAGAGAUUAUUUGAAGACUGUUAUUCGUUAAGAUUAGUUAUAUUAUAAUGACAUUAGCUAUUUACUUCAAACAUAUAAGUUUAUUUUUUAAGGUAUUGUGAUAUUAAUAUCUUGGAUUAGUACUUUCUUUUGUUUGUUAAGAUUUAACGAGAUAUA